CAGCAUCCCUCCAGACUCAUUGGGUUGAGUAAAUGCAGACGUACAGAGUUUCCCUUCUCACGCACACAUGACGUGCGGUCCACCCACCUUUUUCACAUACCCGACGGUGUUAGAGGCUGCGGGAUGAAGCGUAAGGCGGCGGUGGGUGCAAAAGCGAAGGGGGACGGCCCAGCGGUAGCCCCCCGCCCCAACCUCGGCCAGAUCACCUUCACCACCGGUGGCCAUAAUGCAUCUGCAGCGUCAGCGAGUAGUUCUGGUGGUGGGGAGGGCGGGGGUAGUGGGCUGCUGGCGGAGGCUAAGAGCGGGGUGAUAAAGCGAUGGGUAGAGGAGGAGUUUAGCAAGGCUGUGCUCCAGAUGCAGUGCACUUACAGGUACGCAGAAGGGAGGAUGGAUGACGCGAUGGAUGGAUGGAUGUAGGUGCUCAUCUGCCGGUGCGUACGAUGGGGCUGCGUUCCUCAAGUCCAUCCCCCAACCUGACUUUGCCAAGAAAGCAGACGACGACAACACCGGAUAUGUAAGCAAGCAACUAGCUGCGGGCAAACAUACAUGUCUCCAUCGCUGAUGGAUGCAUUCACGCAUUGUGGGAUGGAUACGUUGCGUCGCGUCAGCUGUUGCUGUUGCGGCAGGGCGAUGAUACGGUCGGCGUGGCGAGCCGCUACGGCUUCGAGACACACCCCACAUGACACCUGCCACCCGGCACGCCCGGACGGGACAACUCCUUCGGCUGCCAGGUGGGUGGGUGGGUGAGUGGGGGAGACCCCUGUGCAGACAGGCAGGGAAGGUGCGCAUUUCUGGCUUCCAUUGUGUGUGUGUGCAUUCAGAAAUAUUUCCGAGAGCACGGCGCGCCGCCGUUCCUGUUCAAGCUGGACAAAGAGGGGGGCGCCGGGAGCGUCAAGAAAGUGACCAAGAACCUGUUCCUCAUCGACCUCGGCGGCCUGUUCGACAACAGCACACUCUCAUUCACCGUCUGGCUGGCCGACGAGGAGGAAGAGGGCCCACCCCCCCACCUCCAGGAAGAGGAUCCUCUCCUGGAGGAGACCCCAUCCCUCACCCAUGAGAUCGGCAUCUACCUGCCGGCGCCCUUCGACGCACAGCAGGGCAUCUACACCCACGUAGACUCGGAGGUGGUGGGUCUGCGGGGCGAGAGGCCGCUGCUGAGUGGGGCGGUGGCGCCGCUGCGGCCGGGGCGUGUGACGGGGCAUGGGUUGAAGGUGGCGGGGGGGUGUGAUGCCAUAGAGGUGUGGGAGGUGGUGUUUGAGGGGGACAAGAAGGGCAAGGCUAAGGGCAAGGCUAAGGGCAAGAAGCGGGCCAAAAAGGGCUAGGUGGAUAGGUUGGUUGGUGGGGUGGAUGGAUGGACAUGGGAGUGAGUGACCUAGAGGGGUGUUUGGUGUAGCAGGG